AUGUCUGACCUGUUGGAAAAAUUGGGUGAUCCCAAUUUAGGCCAGGAUGAGAUAACCAAUGUCUUUUCUACCAAUCCUCUUACCAAUAACGACACUACAAAUAACGAUAUUAACAUUUCUUUCUUUGCCAUCCAAAAACUCUAUCAAGAACAAACUAGGAGCUUCUGGGAACUAACCAGUCUAAAACAGUACUCACAGCAAAAACUAGUACCUAGGGGCUUACGCCCCGAUAUUCUCUUGCCAGACAAAGUCCAGACCGAAGAACAGCUUGGGGAAUGGAACACGAUCCUUUUGGAUUGUUCCUUCCGGCUGAUGGACUAUUUAAUUAAAUUAGAAACCACCAACUUUGAUGAAACUAAUUCUAAACUGCAAAAUGAAAUCACAAAAAUAAAAAACUUCAAAUCUGACAACCUGUAUGUCCCAAUGGAAAACAAACUACAGCAAAACAUUACUAAUUACAGACAACACCUUAAGAUAAAAAAACACAAUAAAUUCCAAAGGGACUUUAAAGAUUUCAAUAGCGGCGAGAUCUUUAGGCAAAAGAGAAAGUUUAACAGGAGACCCAACAGUUAUAGAGGGUCAUCCUCGGGUGAGACUGACUGGUCUGACCAAGACCAACCUCGGAGACCCAGACGUAACAAUAAAAGCUUCGACAGGAAAAGGGACCUCAGCGUCCCACCCUAUCAAAAUAAAAGCAUUCUUAGAGGUACUGACAAAUCUGUAUCCUUUCUUGACAUUCCGAUAUCUCUCGAAACUAUUAACCCCACCACCCCGUCCACCACAUCCUCGGCCACUUUUUUAGAGCAGGACUCUCCCCGCCAGCAACGGGGGAGACUCAGGGACAGGGAACGUUGGGCAUACAAAAUACAGAAUCGAACACAAAGGACAUGA